GAUAGGGAGGGUGGAUUAGACACCAGUAAUUCAGUUUCAAGUGUGAAUUCUAAAUUGAAUGUUCAUUGUGAUAAUGAAUUUAAACCACCUCACGAAGAGCCAGUGCAUAACUCUUGUGAAAUUCAAUCGAAGGACGAGGGCAAUCAGCAAAUAGUUGUAGGUUCGGGAGGAAAACUUGUAAGGAUAAAGCUUGGGAAGUUCAAUAAUGUCGAAGGUCGAGGUGAAAGUAGUAGCGAUAGCAGCUCUGAUGCAAGAAGGUGCUUCUCCAUGGGCUCUUUUGCUUAUGUAAUGGAUGAAAAUUUAUCAUUGCAAGUUCCCAUUAGAACCCCUAUGAAGAAACAAUCGACCAAGAAACAUACUUUGCCAUUGACACCAGGUCAUAGGCAAGCAUUUUCUGAAUGUGGAUGUGAUUCAAGACGAGAAUUCAUCGGUUCUGAAGCAAUUAGGAUUGCUGAAAUUCAAGAAGGUGGCAAUGAUAGUAGUAUUACUAGUGGCAAUAACAGAAAGGCCAUUGGGAAAAGCAAGAGGGAAAGCUUUUCACUUUCAAAGAUUUGGCUAAGGGGAAAAAAGGAUAGGACUAAUGUAGCCACAGUCGAGUCGUCCAGGCGGGCGUUUUCAUUCCGGAUACCCGGUAACCAGAACAUGAUGGCUACCGAUGAGUUGAAGCCCAAGAACAGUGUUCAUGGUGGUAGGAGGACAAUAUCUGAAAUCGACACCAGUCGGUGGGAAAAUGGAGGAAGUGAACUUGGUCGUGAUGAUGAAAUCCAGAGAUAUAACAGCCUGGAAUUUCAAGAAAAUGCACCAUCUUUUGCAAGGAGAACUCUUCUUUGGCUCAUGGGAAGACAAAACAAGGUUGUUAACUUAUCUUCUCCAUCCAAUGUUUAGUUAUUGCUUUCCAUUUGGUAAUUUUUUUUUUCUUUUUUCCUUUUUAUUUUUUUUUUUAGUAGUUUAAAGACUUCAUUAUGAAGAAAAUUCAUAUACAAAAACAAAUAUCAAAAUGCUUAUUAUUUUUGAGUGAAU